AGAGGUGCGAUUCUAGUUAGAGAGAGAGAGAGAGAAAUUUGGAAAAUCAGUAGAAAUGGAGAAUCCCGAAGACGAAGCCAUCACCAUGGAGACUGCAAUCCGCUGUGCCAAAGCUUUAUCCGUAAUUUCAUCUAUCAAAGAUUCUCAGCUUCACGAGUUGAUGGAAUUAAUCGAAAAAGAAGAAGAAGAAGGAAACGAACAUGUUGACGAGUUGGAAUUACUGAGAACUGCUGCAGAUCUGAGGCUUCGAUUGAUUGAAGAGCGUGAAAAGAUGAAUAUAUUCAAGCACUGGGGUUUGUUGGAGUUUAAGUAUCAGAUGUUAUUGGUACUUGAGUGGAAAAAGAGGAAAACACGGAGGAGAGAAUGUGUUUUUACUAGUCUAUCAGGGGAUACACAUCGAGAUCAGAUUCGCACCAGGAAUCUAGCCCUUAGCGGAGGAGAAACACAGAGGAGAAAAUAUUCAGACAUUUAA